AUGGUAUCUAGAGCAAGACCCCGCUCAACAAGAAAGAGUGCAAAACGCGGAUGGGAAAAUUCAUAUGCUAGAGGACGAAGAAGUCAGAAUGCUCGAGCAAAUGCAACACAGACCGGAGGGAUGGAAAGGCAACAAGCAGUAGCAAUUGAAGACCUAGAACGAGGAGGAAUACCAGGAUUGAGUGGAGAACAAUUGACAACAUUAAUCAACCUACUGAAGACACACAAAGCAAGAGGAAUUGAGAAAUUAUCUGGUAAGAAUGAUGAAUGGUUGGAUCCCGUAAACAACAAAGAACUAGAAUCAAACCUAAUAGACUAUGUAUUCUUUGAUGAACCCAAUGAAAGUCAAAGGAACAAAGGAAAUGAAGCGUGGAUUACAAAUAUAACAAAGAGGGAGAGACUGGGCAAUUGUGAGCAUGAAAGAGAAGAACAAGGAUCUGGAAGUGAAGUGACCAUAAGUGAGGGAAAUAGUGAUGACAGUGGACAAGAAGAGGGUGUAGCUGAACAAGAGGAACGACUUCGUAAAGGACAACACCAACAUAAGCCCUCGGUUCUAUUAUGA